AUUCCGUCUCUCUAAUGAUCUCUGUAACAAAGGGCGUGAAGAUUAACAUGAUGGCGCAGUGAAAGCUUCUACCCAUUAGACCUUGUGCAUCGGGUCUUCUGCUAUCUCUUGCGACGAUGGAGGCGAUUGGCGCUGUCGCCAGUAUAUUGCAGGUUGCCCAAAUCGGGACACAGCUUUCAAUUGGGUUAUUUCAAAUUGCAGAUGCUAUAGCUUCGGCCAACCAGGAGACGAACUACAUCGCCAAAGACAUCGCUCUUUUCUGUCAGGUCCUCAAAGAUCUUGCCAAAGCGAUUGAAUUUGGCCAAAAAGCUCAACUCUUCAGACAAGAUGCCUUUGAUACGAGCAUUAAGAUCGUUGACGAGUGCAAACGCGUGUUUACUGAAAUUGAGGAUAUCCUGAAAAAAGCGACCAAG